ACCAUUAUUACCUAGUGACUGCAUGUAGAUGUUGAACAGAACCAGAGAAAAUUGAUCCUUGAGGGAAUCCAUGAAUGAGAGGUCUAAUGAUAGAGGUCUUGUUUUCUGUCGCUACUUUUGUGACAUAUCCCUCCAGGAUGGUUGCACCAUUUUAGCAUAUUCCUCUAGACCUUUGUCACUUCUUUCAGAACACUUGGAGGAUGACAUCAAAGACCACCAAAGAUAUAAUUACUGGCAAGUGGGGGUUCAAAACUGGUAAUUCCAAAUCUGAGACUGAGUUGGAGACAUAUAAAAGAGAGAAUGCAGCCCUGAAAAAGUCAAUGGAGGAAAUUAUUAAAGGGAAAAGCAAAAUGACAGAUACAGAAAGGAAUAGACUUUUAGAGAAAAUACUUGCCCUUGAAACUGAAAAGGAAAACUAUAUUUGUCAACUUGGGGCGAAGGAUAAAGAAAUCCAAAGCCUAAAAGAUAAGCUUAAAACCAAAAAUAAAAGUAAUGAUGUCACUUCACUACUUGGUCAACUUGAAGAAAAAACAAAGGAAGCUGAGAGGAGAGAACAGCUACUUAAUUCCCUGUCAGAAGAGAUGGACCAUUUGAAGCAUAAUUUAUCUACAGUUACUGCAAGAUGCUCUGAACUUGAAAACAGAGCCAGCACCUUUCAGUUGUCUCAGAGAGCUGAAAUGAACUGUGCUACAUCACCAAGUAAUUUUAAUGAAGUUGAAAAACAAUUGAAAGAUGCUCUGGAGAAAAACCAGCAAUGGCUGUUAUAUGACCAGCAGCGUGAGACAUAUGUCAGGGGACUGUUGGCAAGGAUCUUUGAACUUGAGCAGCAGUUAGAAACAGUUAACCAACAGCAGGCAAAAGAGGCCACUGCAGAAGGUUACCUUCAAGAAGAAAAACAAAAAUAUUAUGACCGACUUUUACUGACUGCCAAGAAUGAUCUUGACACUGAAAGACAAACUAUAACCCAACUGAAAUCUGAACUUAAUGAAUUCAAAAAGAAACAUGAAGAAACAAAACGAGAAGUAAUGCAUUUAAAUAGCGUAUUGCAGUCACAAUGCAAUUUUGCUAUGCAGAAUCUAGAAGAUGAAAACAAAAUCAAAGGAGAUAAAAUACAGAGGUUAAAGCAAGAGAAUGAAACUAUCAGAGAAAAGCUCAAAGAAGAAAAGAAGAAGACUGAAGAUCUCUUAUCUCAGGUCCAACUGUUCCAUAAAUCUUUGUUAAAACAACAAGAAGAACACACCAGGAUAGCCUUGCUGGAACAACAGAUCCAAAUGUGCACUACAGAUUUUGAGAAUGAAAAGCUUGAUCGCCAGAAAUUGCAGCAUCAGUUGAAUAAAGUUCUUAAAGAACUGCGCAAGGCAAGGGAGCAAAUAACACGACUGGAGCCAUUGAAACUCCAAGAAUUUGGAUGUGUAGAACCAUCAAAUGGUUUGCAAGCAGCAUUCGAAGAUAUGUUGACAUUAAAUGACAAAAAUCCUUCGCUGAAACGUUCAAAUCUACUUGAUGAAAGCUUCCUUGAGUGUCCCAAAUGUAAAGUACAGUAUCCAACAAGCCAGCAUAGAGAGUUGCUAGCUCAUAUUGACUUCUGUGCAGAUUAAACUCCAAAUGGAAUUACCAUAUGUAUACUGCAUAUUAAAUGCAACCAGGGUUCUAUCCCACAAAAGAAAAUAAUGACUUUUUAAUUCCUUUUCCUUUUUAAGGUUAUAUAAAAGACUAGCAUGUCAGUUUCAUAUUCCAAUUUAACAAGAAUGGAAAAUUAUUGUAAUUUAUUUGGCUUUGUAUAAAUAUUUCACUCUGCUUUUUUGUGAAAAGUUAUCUGGAACCACAGGUUCAAUGAAUGAGAAUUUAACAGAAAUAGGAAUAUUUUAAAAUUGUAAACUACUGACUUUGUUUUUGCACUAUUAAAGUUAUGUAUUGGGGCCAGUAGAAAUACCAGCUAACUCCCUUAAACCGUCUUCUUCUGUGUCCCAUAUCUAACUACCUUGUACCACAUAAACAAGCCUCAAAAUGAAGACUGACAAACUUCUAGAAUAGCUAUAUAAAUUUGGGCUUGCCCUUAAUAUAAUUGCAUUCCACCAGAGAGUUGGUUCAACAUCUUGAUAUCAGAAACAUUUUUCCAAGGGAACGGGGAUUUUUUUUCUGCUGAUGGUUGGUGUUUGUUUACUCAUCACUCACUUCCUUGUAUCAAACAAUUUGGUGUGAGCUAAGGCUGUUAUAGAAAUGGUGGUCGGUGUGCACACGCUUCUCAUACCAAUAUUAAAUGCGGAGAACAAAUUUCUUCCCGGAAAAUAUUAAUUUACUGAAAAAUAGGGAGCCCCAGACUCAGAGAGCAGGCAGGCACCUUUUUAGAAGCUGAAAUGUCAGUUUAUUAGAUAGAAGCACACUCCUGUUUGCACUUCUAUAUACUAUUGCUUAAAGUUGUAAAAUGUAACUUACCAGGAAACCUCUUUUACUUCUAUGGGGAGAUUUAAGAUUCCGUAUUUUGCAAAUGAAAUAAAUAAAAUGCAGUUGGGUUUCUCA